GACAGGCUUACAGUACACCUUUCCCCGGUCCACCUUUCCCUGGUACACCCUUCCACAUGGAUGUACUGUACAAUUCACCACCACCUUGAUGAGCCGCACACCUGUUUCCGUGAUGCGUUAUUAUCUUGCCUCUUCCUCUUGCCCGCUGUGGUCAGGUGCCUGUUCUCCGCGCACCACGCCUCCUCCAUCACAGCACACGCACCCUUGUGGUUAGACGGGGAAAGGGAGAAUGAGAGGGAGAGAGAGAGGGGAUGGGGGUCGUGAGGGGACGGUACAGGUAAGAGAUGCUGCGGGAAAUUUCCUGGCCAGAGAUGAGAGGAAGCGCGCCCAUGGAAAGUAACCGUUUGUGUGUUUGUCUUGUCUGUUUGACAGCGGGCAGACCUCAACGUCAAGGGGCUCCAAGGGACGGUGGUCUGGGCAGCUGGGCCUCUAGUGCUGGUGAUGACAGCGGCCAGGUUAGCUGUGGUGUUGGCAAGCCUCCCGUUGGUUGUCCUUCGCCUAUUCCUCAGCCCCUCAGCGCACUCCCCCCAGUGUGUGAACCAGCUAAGUGGCAUUCCUCAACCAGAAACUAUAGUGAACUUAAAUGGCAGCUAUGUAUUGAGUCACUAGCUUGAUUUUGACGUGGAUUCUUAAUUUUCAUUCAGUCUUGCUAACUCACAGUGUUAAGUAGGAAAAUCAGGACGUAGUUGGGACAGUACGGGUUAUUAUACUCUACUCUAGGAACAAAAGUAGUGAGUCCCUGGAACCCACGAUAUGUCAUAAACACUAGUUGCCUUUUAUGAUACAGAAUACCGUAUUAGUAAUGUUCAUAUUUGCAGAGUGUACGAUCAGGUCUUGUCACCCCACCACUAUCUCACUACUGUAAUAAUAAUGCCAGCAGGAACAAUGCUCAAGCAAAGUAUAAGUGGUGGUGUAUAGCUACCUGGUACGAAACAAGCAGCAGCGGGGGGUUUAAACUGGAAAAUUGGGCAACGCCGUAGGAAUGUAGGAAAAUGUGAUGCGAGAUGAGACUUCUUGGUACAGAAAAAGAGAUUAAUAGAAAGAGGCGGCUUACAUAAUAUGCUGCUCAUGCGUAAGGAAGAGAGCGUAUUAGGGGGCUGGAGAGUUGGUGUGUGGGGGGUAGUGGGGGAUGGCUGAGGGCUGCACGGUGACCCCCACUGAAGGAUAAAAACGAGAACGAGAGAGGCGGAGAGCAACUCAGUGCUGCGCCUUCCUCCGCCUCUCAGCCAGUUGUAGAUACACUCCAGCCGUCACGGACUCAGACACACACCAGCGUCCGUCAGCAACACCCCUGCCACUGCCCAUCUACCGCAGCUCCCAUCCUCCACCUCUCCACCUCAUUUGCCGCACCUCUCACCACACACUACCCUCCCCGCUGCAAGCAACAGCUGCCACCAUAACCCAUCAGUUCCAACACCGGCACACACUCACCACUGAUGCAACAGAGUGCAGAACACGCCUACACCGCACCACCACUACAAGCACGCCACCACCACAUUGCCACUAUGGCGGACGAGCAACCAGCCAGUGGGAAGGCGUCGCUUCACAGGUCCUCUGUGAAGGCGGGCCAGGGAAGUGGAGCCCACCCAAAUGUGACCUCCAUAAGGGUGAGAGAGGAGGGCGUGAAGGAAGCCUUGAGGCAGGACAAGGGAAGUGGCGCUCGCCUCCUGUCGUGGUCGCAGCACAGCUUCACCAACAAGGGAGACAACUACGUGGCGGAAGUGACUAGCGUGCGGGUCAAGUACCAGGUCGAGGCGCAGAUUCGCGACGCCUCCUAUGUGGUCAAGAUGAGGCGCGGCCGCCCCGACUCUCACUUUGAUGAUAUGGUGUUCCUGAAGGAGGGCAAGUUUUACACGGUGUUGCUGCCGCUACUGAACGCUGAAUUGACGAGAGCUGGCCAGGAUUCCUUGCGCGUGCCCCGCUGUUGUCACUCAGCCUGGGAGGACCACGAAUCUCAGCUGUUUCUGGAGGACUUAAGGUCCCGCCACUUCAAGAUGUAUGACCGCAGAAAGCCACUGACGGUGGCCCACACCAGCUUGGUGGUGCGGGAACUGGCCAGGCUGCACGCUGCCUCAGUGCUGGUGCUGGCCAAUUCACCCAAAGUCUUCCCUUUCUUAUCGUGGGAGAUGUGCAACUACUCCCAACAGACACAGAAGGCCUUCGAGGCACUCAUCUCCGGCAGUCUGGGCACUGCAAGCGAACUGGCGCGAGCGGCGGGUCGCAUGGACAUGCAAGAGUGGUUCAGCAGCCUAGCACCUCGCGGAGCUGACCUGCUCUCUGCCCUCAUUCAUCCUGCACCGCCCUUUGACGUCAUCGGACAUGGGGACUGCUGGGUCAACAAUCUGCUGUUCAGGGAGGACAGCCGCGGCCAGCCCAUGGAGGUGAUGCUGGUGGACUUCCAGCUGUGCCGCAGGUCUUCUCCCGCCUUAGACCUCAAUUACCUGCUCUUCAGCAGCUUGACUGCCAAUGAAAGGUCACGCUGCCUCACACGCCUCCUAGAUGACUACUACUCAACUUUCCGAUCCGUGCUAAUUGCCGCCGGUCGCGUUCCGCCCUUCACCGUGGAACAGUUCACUCAAGAGUUCCACAACAAGAGUAUGUUUGGGCUCAUCUUCGGGGCGCUGGCCGUACCUGCCCUGAUGUGUGAUUCCCGGGACGCGCAGGAGUUUUCAGUGGCCUCCGACGACCACACUGUUGAUUACGUUAUGAAGAAACGUGAGAACGCCCUUAGAAUGUUGUCGUCUAACCCGCUGAUGCAGCCUCGCCUCCUUAGCCUCUACGAAGACGUCACCAGGCACGCUCCUGACUCCUCCAGGGCUUCGAGAGACCUGGAAUGUUCACUAGGAAAACCAGCCACUGCUGGCACGUACAGCCUGCCGGAGAGCCAUGCAAGUGCUUAAUGUGUUAAGUAAUUUUGAAUGGCACUGAUGUGGAGCGUGAGAGAGCUUACGAAGUAGUUAUGACAAAAAAGUAAA